GUCCGUCUUCAAGCUAAGGUACCUACCGCUGUGACCUGAAUCGCACGGCGCAACAGAAAGGAAGUACCGUUUCUUGGUCAACUUUCAUCUUUUCAUCUCCUUCUUUUCAAACCCAUCAACGACUUGAGACGCCUCGCCUCGCAUUGCAUCGCUUCUUCUUUGUCCCUCCUUUCGCCUACAUUGUUGGUAAUAAGUGCUUUUCUUCAUCCGCGACAUCUACUUUACUUAAUUGUUUGCUUCUUUCCGCUGCCCGUCGAUAACCCCCGUCCCGGUCUCCGGCCUCCGUCCUCCAGACCCUGAUCACUGCACUUGUCCUGCACGAGCCCUACGAACGACUCGAAACGGUUACACUGCGAGGCAGGCUCCUUUGGUACUGCACAUCUUUUAGAGAUCACCGAAAACUUGAACUAUUAAGGCCAGCCACCAUGUCGAGUAUCAUGAGCAAGCGCCAGCAGGCGCGGAACGAAAAGGCCUUGCAGGAUCUUGUGCAGAAUACCCCAGGCAAUAAUAUGUGCGCCGACUGCCACGCGCGUAAUCCAGCUUGGGCAUCAUGGAGUUUAGGCGUUUUCUUAUGCAUGAGAUGUGCUGCGAUUCAUCGAAAGUUGGGUACUCACAUCUCGAAAGUAAAGUCCUUGAGCAUGGAUAGUUGGACCAACGAGCAAGUCGACAACAUGCGAAAGGUCGGAAAUAUCACAUCCAACAACAUUUACAACCCCGAGCAUCGCAAACCUCCCGUCCCGGUCGACGCUGACGAAGCAGAUUCUGCCAUGGAACGAUUCAUCAGACAGAAAUAUAUGAAUAAUACUGUUAGUGGAACAGGAAAGCCUAGAUCUCCUCACAUAGGCGAAGGGACUCCUCCGCCACUGCCGCCUAAGAACUCGAAGUUCGGAUUCCGUUCAGCUUCAUCUAUUUUCCCACUGUCGUCCAAGUCGAAGAAGGAUGUCAAAGCCAUGACAGCUGCACAAGGUGGACGUAGUGAGUCUCCAAGACCUCCUAAUAAGCCAUCAAAAGUGUUCGGCGCCACCUUGGAUCUUGAUCAACCGGAUGACAUGGAGCAAAAGCUGGCUAGGCUACAAGACAUGGGAUUUCAGGACACCAAACGCAAUACUCUGGUGUUGAAAGGUGUUAAUGGCAACAUCGAGCGAGCGAUUGAGACUCUUGUGCGCUUGGGUGAGGGUAGCGGCCGACCUUCACCUCUUCCCACCCCUUCACCUCGGGAACAGACUCUGCGAACAUCAAGGUCUUUGACGCCCCUGACACCAAGUUCUGGCGGGCUGGGACUCGGCGCAGGUCUUAGUGUUCCCGCCCGUUCAGCUACGGACCGUCCUGCUACUCCAUCAAGUGCUUCGACAAACCCAUUUGAUAACUUAGGAACGGCUCAGCCCCAGACGGCCCAGUCGACAGGAAGCCUUCAUAACCGGAACCCAUACGGCCAGACAAACCCAUUCGGUGUGCCAGCCGCUCAACAGCAACAACCGACAGAUGCAUUCAGCCAGGCAUUCCAAAACAUGUCUCUCUCCCCCCAGCAGCCUCUGUUCCCUCACCAUACUGGAGGACCAGCACCACAGCAAUCACCACAGGCGACAGGAUAUCAACAAGUGGCUCCGUCAGCGCCGACGACCCCAAGUGGCUUUUCAACUCUGGGCUUCACCAGCAACAUGACAUACCCACAGCCAGUCCAAGCGCAGGUGACUGCAUAUAAUCCCUUUUUAGCAAACACCACAGGUGCAAUCCAGCAACAGCCGCAACAAGGGUCUAAUCCCUUUCCUCAAGUCAACACCAACCAAGCGCCUGCUGGGUACAAUCCGUUCGCUCGAUCCCCAACUCGAAUCGCAUCACCAAGCCUUGGCCAGAUACCAGAGCAAACGCAGAGCUCGUUUCAAAACGCAGCUGUUCAUCAGGGAUCUGCCGUGUAUCAAAGCCCGGCUCCUUUGAGCCCUCCAGAAACAAGCACCAACCCAUUUUUUGCAAAUGCUGGCCAGCCUGUGGCGCAAACAAAUCAACAGAUCUUUGCGCAACAACCUGCCGUGCAACAGAUACAAAGCCAACCUCAAGCAAGCCACAACCCCUUUGUCCAGCAGCAGCCUGGACAGCAAUUCCCUGGACAGCAGCCUCAAAUGUACCAGCAGCAGCAGCAGUUUUAUCAACCUCAAAGACCAGACAAGGCCUCGAUUAUGGCUCUUUUUAAUAACUACCCUUCAACUGUACAGCAGCCAGGUACGGCCGCGGCUCAGCCUUCAUACCAGGUUCAGCAGCCAACCAUUCCAGAAAACCAGCCCCUGCAAGCUCCAAUGGCAUCUGUGCAGCAGCAACCAAGUGUGCCGCAGCAUCUAUCAUCUAGCACGAACCCUUUCAUGAGCGGUACGCCUUCUUCUGGCGUCGCUGGUAACCCAAAUGCUGCGACCACUUCAGACCCAUUUGCUGCAAGGAGCAGAGAGAGCAUGAACCUUGGCCUUGACCUUGCAUGGACAAAUGGGCGACACAGCCCAGAUGCAUUCGCAAGCCUAAGUGCACGACAUGGAUGAUGGUACGAGACUAGAGGCAGUAUUGGAAUACGAUGUGUUCAGGAUAGUACAAAUGGGACAUGGGAGAUGUGAAGUACACUGUAUGAUAGUAUUAACGUUGGUUCUGGUUUCAUGUUGAGACUAUGUUAUUGCCAUUUGGCUGUAGUCUUUGUUUAUGUACUCCAGGACAGGGUGAUUGAUAGGGACUGGCCAGGAUUGCUGGGGUAUGGCAGACUGGCCUUGAUUGAGCAAUUGGAGGUUGGAAGACGGCAUUGAGGAUAACAUGGCAUAAUGGUGCGUAUAGACGAAGGGACAGGCGAUGAUAGACUUGCUGAGGUAGUCAACGGUGGCUCUUGCGUUGAGGGAGCACGGAAGCGAUAUUCCUCCUCCUGUGGCAUUGGCUGUUGCUGAGUCAACUAAUUCGAGCUUUGGCAUUUUUGCGACAAAAAUGGCACUGUAGAAGAUGCUGUCUGUUGGUGAUACUGUUUGCGAUUGCCA